AUGCAUGCGCUGCUCAGAACCAAGGCUGAUGUUGCUAUAGGCUGCCGUCUCGGCGCAGGGUGCCCGUAUCUUCAUGACACCUCAGCCACUGAAGCCAAAGAGCCGCCGUUAGAACAAGAAAGCUCCACUCAGGCGACUGAUGAUACCUCGACAGCGACUGAAAAUAUUGUGGCCGAGGCUCGGAACUUGUCCCUUGGUGGUACCACACCAACGCAAAGAUCGACUCCCACAGUCUCUGUCCAACCCCAAAGGCCCGUAUCUUCCAUGGAGCAGUCAAACCCAAGAGAGUUCCAGGUCAACCAACUGCGGCGGCGUUAUCGCCCACAUGAGACCAAUGAUGAUCAAGGCACGACGCUCACCUUCGGAUUGGUCCCCUCGGAUCCCGACUUCCCAUUCGAGCUGGAAAGACUCCAGUGUGUACUGCGCGUCCCCAAGUCGUAUCCACAAGGGCGCCCCACGCUUACAGUGACCAAUUCUGAGAUGGAAGCUGCAUACCAAGCAAAUGUGGCUCGUGGCUUUGACGAUAUCGUUGAUUUUACGUAUCGAACCAACGCCCGAGGGACCCUGCUAGGUUGGCUGAACAGUCUGGACAAGAAGCUCGAGCCUCUUCUCACAACCCUGGAGCGAGGACCAACGCUCAAGUUCUUCGCCAAUGGCGGAGAUGCGACGGCUUCCAAAGAGGGUAAGAUCCCGGAGAAAGAGGGCCCGCCUAAGGUACCCCAGCCUGCACCAAAACCCGUUGUUGCUACGCCUCCACGCCAAUCACAAACACGGAAAGUGGUACCCAACUAUACUGCUGAAGCGAAAGCCACGGCUGAAAAGCGACGCGCGGCCGAGACAAAACAGCUCGAAGCGCGUCUUGGGAGACUUCCUAUGUUUCAAAAAGUGGCGGACGGCAAGACAUAUGUCAUUCCCAUUCAGCCAACCAAAAGGGAUCGCUUACCGAGAGCAAUUCAAGCACUGAAGACUGUGAAGCUCAAUGUGCCACAACUCUACCCGCUCCAGAACAGCUCGAUCAAGUUGCAGGGAGUUGAAGGCGACGAGGCGAAAGCCACAGAACUUGGAUUCACUCAAUGGGUUGAACAGACUUCCCAGCUGAGUCUUGUAUCUCAGAUCAACUACCUCGCAAGUAAUAUCCACAAAUUUGCCGAGACACCUCUUCCAGAGGCCGAAGAUCCCGCUGUUGUGCCACCGGCGGAAGACGAAGAGGUCGAGGAUCUCGAUGAGCCAUCUCAACCCGAAGAGACAAUCCACGAAGACGAAGAUCGACCGCAUCUUCACGUCAUUCCCCGUCCUCCUGAAUGGUCAGUCCCAGAUCCCAACAGUGGAGCCGAGGGAACAUCCGACGAGUCCAGCUACGACGAAGACGAUUUCUCAGAAGAGGACGAGGAAGGCGGUGCGCCUGUCCCUGCAGCAGUGGAUAACAAUGCUCCGGGACGAGGCGUUGCACUUUCAUUCCCGUAUUUGGAGCUUUACGGAAUCGAGCUGCUGGAACUUACUACACUCAACGUCACUGUGAAAUGUGAUAGGUGUAAGGUCCCGGUGGAUAUCAAGAACGUGCCCCAGAUUACAGACGAGAAGGGUCAAAUGGCGAAGCAAGAAUCUUGCAAAAAGUGCGCUAAUAAUAUGAGUGUUGCUUUCCGGAGACAAUUGAUGCAUUCCCAUGCCAACCGUGCUGGCUAUCUUGAUCUUGAUGGCUGCACUAUUGGAGACAUGCUGCUAAGCGACUUCAUCCCUACGUGUUCAGAAUGCUCCACUGCCCAUCCAGCACCCGGUGUGCCUGCAGUUCGUGGUGAGAGCGCAAUGGCCAUUUGCCGCCAGUGUCACCGUAAAAUGGUUUUCAAAGUCCCAGAGGUGAAGUUCUUGUUGGUGGGAAGUGCAACAAUCUCUGCUCGUGGUGCCCUUCCGCUCAAGAGAAAGCCCCAAGAAGUCCUCGGUAUUGUUGCAGGACAAGAGCUUCCACGUCGUGGUCGCUGCCAGCAUUAUGCCAAAAGUCAACGUUGGUUCAGGUUCGUAAUCCAGAUGGGUAUCAAGAUACGCGUUCUAACUUUCCACAGAUUCAGCUGCUGCUCUAAAGUCUUCCCCUGUGACAAGUGUCACGAUGCGGAAACCGAUCAUCCAAAUGAGCAUGCUAAUCGGAUGAUUUGUGGAUAUUGCUCGCGCGAGCAGAUUUAUAGACCCGAAAACUGUGGUAUUUGCAAAGCCAUCCUUAUUGGAAAGGCAGGUAGUGGGUUCUGGGAAGGUGGAAAGGGAACGAGAAACCGUGCCCUGAUGAGUCGGAAAGAUCCGCGAAAGUUCAAGCGUGUUGGGGGGAAUGCUCCUACUUCUAAGACUUCGAAACGGAAGUGA